CAUGGAUGCGCCAGGGAAGUAAGUGUGAGCACUGUAUUAGGCCAAGAUGAGGGGAGUGAGUACUGUUCUGGUUGCCUUCAUGGCUAUCCUUCUUGCUGUCUCGGUCCUCGGGCUUGAUGCAGCAGUGGAGGAGCCGCUCCUUUCAAUCAUCGCUGAGGAUGAAGCUGUAGAUGCUCGUUGGAAGCCAUGCUGCGACUCGGGUUGUGUUUGCACCAGGGCGCGUAUUCCAGAUUGCCAUUGCUUAGAUAUUAAGGACCACUGUUAUCCGGGGUGCAAAGGCUGCAUAUGCACCAAGUCCAUUCCUCCGCAGUGCCAAUGCACAGAUGUCUUGCACUUCUGCCCAAAGCCCUGCUCCGAAAAGAAACUCUGAAGCCAAGACUACGUGGAUCAAAACCAAGGACCUAUAGUACUCCCUAAUCUUCGACUGACGGUACUAUGUUUAGCACUUAGCUGUGCACCGUCAGUUUGAUAUAUAUUCAAAUAAGACUGGACCUUGGUUUCUA